UUUAGUGGUUUCUCUGGUCCAACACACUAGAUUCAGUGGUUGAAUCACCUGUGCAGCAGCUCAUCAGGCUCUGCAGAAGCCUGUUAAUCACCUGUUGAUUGACAUCAGGUGUGUCGAAGCAGGGUUAAACUCAAAACUUACUGGAUACUGGCCCUCGAGGCCCUCAAAUUGAAUAGCCCUGUUUUACAGGAUUAAUGAAAAGUCACUGAAACCCCCACCACCCCCUGUGGCCACAAUAUCGCACUUGCAACUUCAGACUGGCUGACAUGUCUGGCGCUGCAGUCUGCUUCCAGAACAUUUCCUGUAUGUUUUAGAUCAUGAACGCAGCUGAUUUGUUUAAUUUAGUGACGAAUCACUCCUGUAGUCACAAGGAAGGCUGAGGAGACGUUUCAGCUGUUAGAUUAAGGUGUUUAAAAAGACUAACGCACAGCAAUGAAAUAUGUUUUACUUUUGGUUCUACUAAAGACACAAGGGGGUGGUAAAAGCAAGCCCAAAUACCAAGUGUACCUUGAAUUUUCAAACUUGUUUUUUUAUUUAUUUUUUAAUUAAUUUUUUGUGAAAGGCAGCAUGGAUUCAGAGAGCAGGAAACUGUAAAUCUUAUGUUCAUUAAUGCAAAUAAAACUUCGUUUUGAAAUAAAUAAAAUGGGCACCAUCUGGAUGUAACAUGUGCCUUACUCCGUGUACAUAUGUCUGGUAAAUCACAGCAGGCUGUGUGUCGUGUGUUGGCUUUUAUCCUCUGGCUUUCAUCAUCCGUGCCCUUUGGAGAGAUCUUGUUAACUUUAAUACAAGUUCACAUUAUUUCACUCUAACCUGAAAAAUGAUUACUGGAUACAUGUGUUUACAGUCUGCAACAGAUGGUUUCAUAACCAUCCACGCAGCUAAUGAGCCUUUGGUGUUUCAGAUGGCCCAUGAUUUCAUUCUUAACCACUAUUAGAAAAUAAAUAUGCAAAAAUAUGAGUGAAAGAUAAAAUGGUUAUUAGGCAAUGUUUUUCAGUUUUAUAUUGAUCAUAAACUCCAAUAAACUUAUCGGCGUGUUCUCAUUUGUCCCAGAGUGACGAGGUAUUUAAUAAAACGCUCCUGUGACGUCAUUCUAGAGGACAGAUUUGGUCUUUACAACUUAGUUUGACGCCUGCUUCCUCAGCUCUGUGUCGCAGAUGAAGAUGCUGCUGCUGUCAACCUGAACCACAUCACUUCCAGCUCUCCUCUCUUCUGAGCGGUGACUUCACUCUUCCUCCUGCUGGAGUCACAAGUUGUAAUAGAUCCAGCAACUGCCGGUUCCGGACCUGAUGCUGAAUCUGAAUCCUGGAGCAGCCGCGCGCUGAUGUGAGUCGGAGCCGCCGGAGCAGCGCCGCGCUGCCCCGCUCCUCUUCCUCCUCAUGCCUCGACUGGGAGCAGGUUGUUCCGGCAGCGUCUUCCCCGACGCGUUCAAGUGAGCGGUGCCGGUGUUUACCCAAGCCAAAUCCCCGCCGCAGGGAAGAAAAGGUAAGGCUGCUCUUAACGACUGCUUGUUAUUUAUUGAUUGGAGCCCUGUCGGGCUCACGCUAAGGGCAGACCGGAGGAGCGCGGCGUGGCGGUCUCGCCGCCUUUAGGGCAGUCCGGCUGCACUUGGGCUACUGCUCACACUUUAACAACUGGCUUCUGGAAUCGGACGGCAUCCUGUGAUGGAUUGGGUUUGCUUCACCUUGCGGACGUGCGUGUGCGCUUUUGGAAAAUCUGGACGUCUCUUGGCUGCAAGUGGACUCAGUUUCUCCUCUUUAGGCUAUUAUUGAGGAAACCUGCACGGAAGAGUUAGCGGAGACACUUUCAAGAGCGCACAUACAUCUAAAACACCACUAACGGUCCUCCCCUCUCUUCCUUGUGUGAGGAGAUUGCUGCUGCCAUCGUUACUCCAAGUCCAGACCUCCCCACCCUUUCUCCACCCCCUCCUCUGACAUUGCGGGGCAGCCACCGAAAGCUUGGCUGGAUUCCAAGGAGGCUCCGAUCCUGCAGCCACAUCCAUCACGUCUUCACCACUGGCUGCAGGGCGGCCCUCGUGGCCGGGAUGCCGCUGUGUGCCGUGUCAGUCCACAGUGGACGGUGAGGGGCAGGACGAGGGCACUGAGUGCGGGAGACUGACAGGAGGCGGUCCCCACCAAACCGGAGAAAUGAACCUCUGCUGGAACGAGAUCAAGCGCAAGUCCCACAACAUCCGGGCGCGGCUCGAAGCUUUCUCCGACAACAGUGGGAAGCUACAGCUCUCCCUGCAGGAGAUCAUUGAGUGGCUUACAGCCAAGGACGAGGAGCUGUCUGAGCAGCUGCCCAUAGGAGGCGACGCAGGAGCCGUCCAGCAUCAGAGAGAGUUCCACCAGGCAUUCAUGGAGGAUGUCAAGUCUCGCGGGCCCUUCAUCUACUCGGUUCUGGAGUCUGCCCAGGCCUUUCUGGCUCAGCACCCUUUCCAGGAGCCAGAGGAGACCCUGACCGAUGGAAAAGAGGUUUCUCCCCGUCGGAGGAUUUUCAAUGUGAGCCGGUCGGUAUGGAAGCAGGCGAAUGUGGCCAGUGACCUCUGGGAAAAGCUGACAGCACGUUGUGUGGACCGACACAGACACAUGGAGAGAACACUGGAGCGCCUUUUGCAGAUCCAGGCAGCCAUGGAAGAGCUGGCAGGGGCCCUGGAGCAGGCAGAGGGGGUGAGGGAUGCCUGGGAGCCUGUUGGUGACCUCUUCAUUGAUUCUCUGCAGGACCACAUCGAUGCUACCAAGUUAUUCAAGGAGGAGCUCACUCAGGUGAAGGAGGGCAUGAAACAGAUCAAUGAAUUAGCUCACCAGCUGGCCAUCUCCGACGUCCAUUUGUCGAUGGAGAACGCUCGUGCCCUGGAGCAUCUCAACAGCAGAUGGAAAGUGCUUCAGGGUUCUAUUGAAGAGCGGCUGAAGCAGCUCCAGGAUGCACACAGAGACUUUGGCCCUGGAUCGCAGCACUUCCUUUCCAGUUCAGUGCAGAUACCAUGGGAGCGUGCCAUCUCGCCAAACAAAGUACCCUACUACAUUAACCAUCAGGCCCAGACGACAUGCUGGGACCAUCCAAAGAUGACAGAGCUAUACCAAGCACUCUCGGAUCUGAACAACAUCAAGUUCUCUGCAUACAGAACGGCGAUGAAGCUGCGACGAGUUCAGAAGGCUCUCAGAUUGGAUCUAGUGGCUCUCCGCAGCCUGGUGGAGGUGUUUCGGGAGCCGGAGCUGCAGCAGGGGGAGCAUGUGAUGGAUGUGGUGGAGGUGAUUCAUGGCCUGACAGCUCUGUAUGAAAAGCUGGAGGAGGAGAGAUCUAUUCUGGUCAACAUCCCUCUUUGUGUUGAUAUGUGUCUCAACUGGCUGCUCAAUGUUUAUGACAGCGCUCGAAAUGGCAAAAUGCGAGUUCUCAGCUUCAAGAUGGGAUUGGUGAGCUUGUGCAACGCAGAUGUCCAAGAAAAGUACAAAUAUUUGUUCCAUCAGGUGUCUGCUUCUGGAGGUCUGACAGACCAACGUCACCUCAGCCUGCUGCUCCACGAAGCCAUCCAGAUUCCCCGCCAGCUGGGCGAAGUCGCUGCUUUUGGUGGCAGCAACGUGGAGCCCAGCGUUCGGAGCUGCUUCCGCUUGGCCCCGGGGAAACCUGCCAUCGAGGUGUCUCACUUCCUGGAAUGGAUGAGUCUGGAGCCCCAGUCGAUGGUUUGGCUGCCUGUCCUCCACCGUGUGGCUGCUGCUGAGUCCACUAAGCAUCAGGCCAAAUGCUACGUCUGCAAGCAGUGUCCCAUCAAAGGCUUCAGAUAUCGCAGUCUGAAGCAGUUCAAUGUGGACAUCUGCCAGACGUGUUUUCUAACCGGCCGCACGACCAAGGGAAAGAAGUUGCACUACCCCAUCAUGGAGUAUUACACCCCAACAACCUCGGGAGAGAAGAUGAGGGACUUUGCAAAAACUCUGAAGAACAAGUUCAGGUCAAAGCAGUACUUUACAAAACACCCGCAGAGAGGUUACCUGCCAGUGCAAUCUCUGCUGGAGGCUGAGAGCUCAGAGACACCAUGCUCCUCACCCAGACUGCCUCAUGCAGACACACACAGCAGGAUUGAACAUUAUGCCAGCAGAUUGGCUGAAAUGGAGAACCAGAAUUGUUCUUUCUUCACGGAUAGCUUAUCUCCUGAUGAGAGCCUGGAUGAAGAUCAGUACCUCCUGCGUCACUCCAGCCCCGCCCUGGACCACGAUUCACCCUGCGGGCAGCACAUGAUGCUGGCCCACCUGGAGCAUCAGGACAAGGAGCAGCUCCAGUGCACCCUGGCCCGGCUGGAGAACGAGAACAGGGUGCUCCAGAGCGAAUACAGGAGGCUCAAGUGGAAACACGAGGAGGCGGCGUCAGUGCCCAUGCUGACGGAGGCUGGAGAGCCGGGGUCACCCACAGCAGGAGGGACGCAGGAUGAGGAGCUCCUGGCUGAGGCGCGAGUCCUCCGUCAACACAAAACCCGCCUGGAGACCCGCAUGCAGAUCCUAGAGGACCACAACAAACAGCUGGAGUCCCAGCUGCGCAGGCUCAGGGAGCUGCUGCUACAGCCCAAAGAUGAUUUAGAGGCCAAUGGAUCUGAACUGUCCACGCUGUCUUCUCCUGUGUCUGGAGGGGGUCGCCAUGGGGAUCCAGCUAGCAGAGAGACAACUGACACAGAAGCAGCAGCUUCUGUGUCUGUGUCAGGAGACGACCUGGAGCAUGAGCAGGAUACGGUGCUGCAGCUCCAAGAGGUCAUCGAGCAACUGAGAAACGUCUUCCCCUCAGAACCGGGAACCACCUCACACAUCUGAGCUCGAGUGGGACUCGAGGAAAAAAUGACGGCCUGAAAGGUUUCCUGAUAGCUGAGGGAGGAGCUUGAUUGAGCUGAGGUCAGGUGGCAACAUUCCAGGGCCCUGUGACCGCUGCAGCAGCAGCUACAAAACCGAGAACUAACCCUCCUCCAGAUAUCUGUGCACUAAAAGCCUUUCUAAUGCAAACCGCUAAAGGCUCACACUGACGCCCUUUUGGCCAGGCUGUGCUUCACCAGUCCAGUGGCACCAUGUUUAUGGCGUUAAAGGGAAACUAUUGUUAGCUGAAGGUCAGAGACUGAGAAACAAGCCCAGCCAAGACACUGUGCUUACCAGUAUCUGUGUAGUCAUUCUGAAGUGUGAAGCUUUAUAUCAGUUCAGAGCACAAAUUACAAAUUAAGAACUUGAAAAAUGUAAAUCUGAAUCAAAGGGGAGUCACUAGUUGUGUCAAAAUGCCUGUAUUUUUUACUGUCUGAGUUUUGUUUCAACUUGUUUUCAUGGUUGCUAUUUUUGAGUCUUCAGACAGGCGUUGUAAAUUGGAGAUGAGUGCACCCAAAUGGGCUUAUUUAUUUUGUGAGAAUGAUACAUCAUAAGUUCAAUCCAUGAUUUAUUUAAAACAGCCAAAGUGCCCGCUAGCACAGCGCCUCUGUUUGCACACGCUGUGUUCCGCUUCUCAAACCCGCUUGUCACUCUCAUCGCUUCCCUUCACAUACAAACAAACACACACAUUUAUGCUGCUACACAUGCACUCUCUCACAAUCCACGCUUCCUGCAUCACACACACAGCAGAGACUCCCCGCAUGAUCAGUAAUGUGCUGGCACUGCAUUGCAAAAGCGUCCACCCCACUUAUUCGUUUAUAAACCUGUGUGAUCCGCUUAUUUUCUCAUUUGAAGUCGUCGGGUUGAGCCAGUUUGUAUUGUGAGUGGAACUGUGUCUUGAUGACGAAACGUAUGCCGAUAAAUAACAGCAUGCAGGGCUCCUCCCUUGGAUCAUUGUUCUCCUGCUGUUUGAAGAGAAAUUGGACAUAAGGAACUUCAGGCUGAAUCCCUUUCCUCUCUGUGCAAGGCCCAUCCAGAUGCCACGGGGGGUUAUAAGGCACACGGACAUAAGGCUGCCCAACACUGAUAUUAUCCAUAAUGUUCCCAUCAUUUCAUGUAGAUUUUAAAGGCCAAGUUCACUCAUUUUUAUACACGUUUGCAAUGGUCUCUAGUGUAAAUGGAUGUCUUGUGAGUCAAUCUUUGUGGGGGGAAAAAAGCUCUGUGCUAAUGUUUCUGGAACCAGAUGUUAGCCAGAGGAGAAGGGUGCAGAACACGCAGGAUCUGGAGUCUUAUUUCCUGAUUUUCUUACAUCCCUCCUCUGAUUGGAUAACAGCAAUGUGACUCUGCCACUGUGUCCAUUUGCUUUUCAAUGUCAAUGUUUUUAUAAAUGAUAAAUGACCCGCACUUGUAUAGCGCCUCUCAGAGUAAGGACUCCAAAGCACUUUACACUACAGUGCAUCAUUCAUCUAUUCCCACACACACACAUUCACACACCGAUGGUGUUGAGCUAUGAAGUAGCCACAGCUGCCCUGGGGCGCACUGACAGAGGCGAGGCUGCCGAGCACAGGCGCCACCGGACCCUCCGACCACCACCAGCAGGCAAGGUUGGUUAAGUGUCUUGCCCAAGGACACAACAGCAGAAUUCCCUGUCCGGAGCCGGGAUCAAACAUGCAACCUUCUGAUUACUGGACAACCCGGUCAAUCUGUUGACAAAUAACACAAGCCCAAAGUAGUUCUAUCUUGUGGUGGAGUAGCUAAUGCUAACUGUUAGCGUCUGCUAGCCGAGACAUUCUCUGCUGUGUCCUGGAUGCUAAACCAUCAACAGCCCUCCCCGUCGUGAGUCAAGAGGGGUGAGUCCAUGAAUGUUACAUAGAUCUGUCAGGCUUUCCUAAUCAGAGCAUUUUUCUGCCUAUCGGCGGUUAAUGCAGGAAAUUGGGGUAGACGACUAUUUUCAGCUUGCAUGUGAACCCUUGAGAAACAACAAGUAAAAAACGGUUUCUCAGUGAACUUGGUCUUUAUAAGCCCAUCAUCUCUGGACCUUGCAUCAUUUACACUUAAAUUUAGAAAAGGAUGUGUGCUUGGACAGGAUUUUCUCUCAAGGUUGCAUGCUGUUAUUAAUGUAGCACAAAUAUUGCCUUAAAACAGAACUGGACCCACAUGAGAUGUUAGUUUUCCCAAACUUUGUUUUUAUACAUGUAUACACAGAAAGAAGGAGGUUGCAUCAGAUGUUUGUGUGUCUGUUUGUCUGUGGUUUAUUAACGUGAUAGAACAGGAGAAGUGAAGUGAGGAUCACAGAAAAGUUGAACAUUCAUGGGUUGGAACCGGUUAAAGAGGGCUCUUAUGAGUGAACCCAUGAUGCUGGGCAUGCUCGGAGGGAAUAUAGAACUGAAAUACAUGAAAGGAAAGUAGAAAAAAAUAAAACAAAAAAAUACUGAUUGAGUUUUUAGUUUUUAGCUUGAGGGCUGGUAGGAGAGAUCCUCUUUGAUGUUUCUGCCACAGCAAAAACAGUUCUACGCAGGACCAGGCUUUACCUAAAACAAUGAAGCUCGAAUUCUUUUAGAGGAGGAGGAGACAUGCAGGCUGAGAAAUUCACCCUGAACCCGGAGUAGAAGGUACCCUGACCCCACAAACAUGAGUUUAGAAACCCGUGCGCUGCAUUCAUUACAGGCUCCCACAGCACUCACAUUUGACACCAUCCUCCUCAGCACUUUGCUGCCUGUUAGUUUUGAUGCUGUUGCUAGGCAACUGUCCACAGGGACGCAGUUCCACAGGUCUGUGAGAUGGAUAGGCGAUGCGCCGUUUAUAUUACAAAUGCUAAUAGCCUUAAGGGAAGCGUGAGAGCGCAUCUUGCUUCCGAAACACAACCCUCCAUUUUUCCUCUUGCGUGUCCACCGAAGCCUGCUGCUAUUUAGCUGCUGAUGAUCAUUACUAUUAUUAUUGGGGGGGGGGGAGGCAUGUGUGUGCAUCAGCAACAGCUCAAGAAUUUUUCUUUUCAGAGCAUUCACAAGUGAGAACAAUGAGCAGAAGCUCAUCUUUGUGUGUGUGUGUGUGUGUGUGUGAGAGAGAGAGAGAGAGAGAGAGAGAGAGAGAGAGAGAGAGAGAGAGAGAGAGAGAGAGAGAGAGAGUGAGUGAGUGGGAGAGAGGGAGAGAGUGAGUGAGUGGGAGAGAGGGAGAGCAGUGUGUUUGUUCCUAGUCAUUUAUCUCUGGGUAUUUACACAUCUCAUUAAACAAUGAUUACCCAUCACACACGUUGUCUCCAUGCUCUCACGAGGACACAAAAGAUGUAGCAGUGACUAAUUAUGAAAAAGAAGCAGAAGCAUUUCCCACACGUCAGCUAUCGUUGUGUUUAUUUUUAAAUGAUUUAGAGGAGGCAGAAUGACACAAACACAUGAAAUGGUUUUAUGUCUGAGCUACGUUAUCAUUCACUAUCAGGCUGAUGGUGAUUCACACAGAAUCACACAUCUGUCAUCAUCUGAGGUCUGAUCCGUAAAAACCAACCCCUCAUCCUGCUUUAGGAACUUUAUAUUCUCACACACACACACACACACACACACACACGCACAAAGACACACACACAAAGACACACACACAUACACACACAUGCCGAUUAUCACUUGUAAGUCACUUUGGACAAAAGCGUCUGCUAAAUACAUAAACAUAAACAAUAACACAUGGACACACACACAGACACACGCAUGGACACACGCAGCGUAUUAAAUUGCCUAACGUCAAACAAGGUGUUUUCUACACACACACGUUUAUACACACACUCACUCCUUGCAGGUGAACUAAGGUUUCUCUCUUUUUUUGUCUUUAAACUCAACAUUAAUAUACCUCAUUAAUCACCUAAAUGCGUAUUGUUUAAUGGUUUUGAUUUUCUGUUAUAGCCCAGAACUCCCACACCUUCACCAUCUGUUCUCUGGAGUUUUUAAUCUAUACAAGAAGUUUUCUGAGGAACUGCUUUUACUGUAAUAACAAGUGGGUUACUGGCUGCUUUCUACUCUUUGUGUACAGAAAUAAAACUUUGUAUUUGGCAAACUUUUCGUUUCUCUCUGUUUUUUUUUUUUUUUUUUU